GCCUUUUUCCCUCUUGGUUUACCAUCGAGGUCAACUCUUCCCAAUCCCAGACCCAGCUCCGCCGCCUCCCUCCUCCUCUGGCGGCCGACGGCACCGGCGACACCGCCACAACACCGGAGCGACUAAAUCCGCUUCCUUUCAACCCAAAAAAUCCCUCCUUUUUUAUUCCGCGCUUUAAUGUUCCGUUGCUCGCCAAGUCCGCUAUUAUGAUCGCCAUUAUUAAGGAGGGAGAAGCGAGUGGCUGUGUGAGAGAGAAGAGGGCAGUUGGCAUCGGCUUUUGAGCAUUUAUUUGCAACCUCUUUACUCGCUCCGAAGGAGUAGCUGAAAGAAUCGCUGCUGCGGCGCUGUGCAACUUUUUCGUUUACUUCUCUUGUUCUUCUUGUUCUUACUCCUUGCGCCUUCCCUUUUUCUCGAUCCCUCUUUCUUUUUCGUCCUUUACUGUGAUUUUUCCCUGAUUAGUCGCUGUAAAAGAGGAGAAGCUGAAGGGAAGGGAUAAAGGAUGCUGCUUGCGGAGCGGAGGCGGCAGCCACGGCCGUGAUCGGAGGCUGAUAUGCCUUUUUUCGGAUCAACUCCUGAUGGAAAUACCCUAGUCAUGCGCGUCAUCCUGAUCAUCGUGCUGUGGUGUGCCGCGGCGGCGACGGCGGCGACGGCGCAGAACCUGAGUUCGGCGUCCGAUCUGGCAGGGCUCUACGACCUCCGCGGCUCGCUUGGUCUUCGUGCGCGAGAUUGGCCGCGCUUAGAGGACCCAUGCACCUUCUGGGUCGGCGUCACCUGCAGCGCCGCCGGGCGGGUCGUCGGGAUCGACCUCUCCGGCCUCCGCCGCACGCGGCUUGGGCGGCUUAAUCCGCAAUUCGCAGUGGACGGGCUGAGGAACCUCAGCAGCCUCCAAUCUUUCAACGCCGCCGGGUUCGCCCUUCCCGGCCCCAUCCCCGACUGGUUCGGCCGCGACCUUGCCCCAACCUUCGCGGUGCUCGUCCUCCGUCACGCGUCUGUCCAAGGUCCCAUCCCUUAUGCCCUAGGAGACGCUUCAGGGAUCACCGUGCUCGACCUCGUCGGCAACAACAUCACUGGGAACAUCCCGCCCACUCUAGGUCAACUCAGCAACCUCACGCUCCUCGACCUCUCCUCGAACUCACUCUCCGACGCGGUGCCGGUUUCUCUAGGCAUGCUCAGGAACUUGAACAUCCUCACUUUAGCGGACAAUAGCCUCAUUGGAUUCAUUCCCCCACAGCUCGGCGAUCUCACUUCGCUCACUGUUCUUGACCUGAGCUCUAACUCUCUCACCGGAUCGCUCCCUGAUGACUUCAGGAACUUGAGGAGCCUUCAAAAUCUGACCUUGAGCCACAACUUGCUCUCAGGUCCUCUCCCUGACAGUCUCUUCACUGGUCUCACCCAGCUUCAGUCUGUCAAGCUAAGCCACAACAAUUUCUCCGGGCCAUUGCCGGACUCAGUCUGGUCUCUUUCAGAGCUAUCAACCUUCGACGUCUCUCACAACAACUUCACCGGAGUGCUCCCAGACAUUAUCCCAGGCGCUGUGAACAGCAAUGUCAAUGGCGUGCUCUUUGAUCUCUCAAACAAUCUUUACUACGGUCAAUUAUCUACCCGCUUUGUGAGCAUUUUCAACCAAUUUCGAAUUGUGGAUUUAUCUGCUAAUUACCUAGAAGGUGCAUUGUCAUUUGUAAACAUAAGCAGCGAUGCCUCUUUGAGAUCGAAUUGCUUUCAAAAUUCUACAGACCAAAGAAGUACAGAGGUCUGUGUACAGUUCUACACAGACAGAGGGCUGUCUUACAUUGGCGAUGUGGCCCCAAGUCCUGCACCUUCAGCAACUCAAAGGAGGAGGAGGAGGAGGAAUCAGAAUUUAAUCUAUAUUUUGAUAGGGGCUAUAGGUGGUUCUUUGGUGCUUAUAACAAUGGUUCUUUUGCUGAGAUGUUGUUGCAAGCAAUCUGGUCGCCAGAAAGCUGAACAGCAGCGAAAAAGAGAAAUCACAACAGCCGCUUCUGGUGGUGGUGGUGGAAUCCUGCCUCCUACUGUUCAAGUCAAUUUAUCAGCUGUAGGAGAGCCCUUCACUUACAAGCAGUUGGUUCAAGCUACUUCAGACUUCAGUGAGGAAAACCUUAUCAGGCCUGGACACUCAGGGGAUAUAUUUUGCGGUGUUCUGGAAAGAGGGAUUCCUAUUGUUGUGAAGAGGAUGGAUCUGCAAAAGCUCAAGAGGGAUGCUCCAUCUGGAGAGUUGGAUUUGUUCUCAAAGGGCUUGCAUGAACGUUUGGUGCCAUUUCUAGGCCACUGUUUGGAGAAGGAGAACGAGAAGUUCCUUAUCUAUAAGUUUGUGCCGAACGGUGACCUCUCAUCUGCGUUGCAGAGGAAACCUGAGCUUGAAGAAGGGCGGCAGUCAUUGGAUUGGUUAAAGAGAUUGAAGAUUGCAACAGGCAUCGCCGAGGCUCUGAAUUAUCUUCACAACGAAUUUUCGCCCCCGCUUGUUCAUAGAGACAUCCAAGCAAGCAGUGUCCUUCUCGACGAUAAAUUUGAAGUAAGGCUUGGAAGUUUGAGUGAGAUAUGUGCUCAGGAAGGCGAUGCCCACCAAAAUGUGUUCACUAGGCUAUUGAGAAUAUCACAGACGUCGGAACAUGGAGUUUCUGGGCCGCCUGUAACAUGCGCAUACGAUGUGCACUGUUUGGGGAAGGUAUUGCUCGAGCUGGUCACCGGCAAGCUUGGGAUCAGCGGCUCGACGGACGCAGCAGCCAACGACUGGCUCGACCACACGCUGCAAUACAUCAGUGUGUACGAGAAGGACCUCGUGACGAGAAUUGUCGACCCGUUCCUAGUCGUGGAUGAGGAUCACUUGGAGGAGGUUUGGGCCAUGGCGAUCGUGGCGAAGUCUUGCCUGAACCCAAAGCCGAACAAGCGGCCGCCGGUGCGGUACAUCCUCAGGGCGCUGGAGAACCCCCUGAAGGUAGUAAGGGAGGACAACCAUGCCGGGUCGGCCAGGCUGAGGGCCACUUCGUCGAGGGGAUCGUGGACCGCCGCGUUUAUGGGGAGCUGGCGACGCAGUUCGUCGGAGAUCGUGUCUGUCCCGGGGCAGCUCAGGGAGGAUCAAACGCUGAAGCGCUCGGGCACUUGCAGGUCCCAAGGAAGCGGAGGGGAGCAGUCGUUCUCGCGCAAGAGACCUUCCAGGGAGAUCUUCCCGGAGCCGUCGUCAGGUAUACGCGACAUGGAGGAUUGAAAGAACUUAACAAAAAAAAAAAAAAAAAGGGAUUUUUUUUCUUUUACUUCUCUGAUUCGAGUAAAUAACAUAUGGCGGCUUCUGAUUCGAGUUCUUGGCUAUUGGCACCCAAUUAAAAUAAGCAAAAACCUCGGUUUGGAUUGUUUCUUGUUGGGUCGAUCUUUACUCUUGCUUGUGCAUUAGUCACACGCAUUCGUGUUGGGAGAGCUAGUUCCUGAUUCUCGAGGCGGAUCUUUAGCUAUGUGCAGCUGAUGUGGAAUUAGAGUGAUAGAGCUUCUGAUUCUUUUUUUUUGUUUUUUUGUUUCAGUUUGCUUUUGUUUUGUUUUUUUUUUACCGUGUAAAACGAGAUACAAUUCUUUGAGCUUGUAAUUUAUCUUGUAUAUUGGAUUGAGUCUCAGUAUCAUGUUUGAGAUGGAGAU